GCACAUUUCUCAUCAGCCAAUGAGAAGCAAGACGAGGCGGGUGUAAGGGUGAAGGCGUACCUCACAGAAGAUGGAUUUCCAACAGCAUGGAUACCGGGCAACAAAACCCAGAGCCAGAGCAUCUCCACCAAGUGGGGGUCCACUUCUUUUUGAUGACACCAGUUCUGGGCCUCCACCCAUGAACAACCAGAACUUUAAUUAUAGUUCAGGAUAUAAUAUGGCUGAAGCACCAGCAGGUCAAGAACCUGGAGUAGGCAGCCUCUUUGCAGAUCCAGUGGCCAAUGCUGCAGUGAUGUAUGGCUCAUCACUUGCCAAUCAGGGCAAGGAUAUUGUUAACAAAGAGAUCAACCGAUUCAUGUCAGUGAACAAGCUGAAGUAUUUCUUUGCAGUUGAUACCAAAUAUGUUAUGAAGAAACUGUUGCUUCUCAUGUUCCCAUACACGCAUCAGGACUGGGAAGUACGUUACCACAGAGAUACUCCUCUGACACCACGCCAUGAUGUCAACGCUCCAGAUCUCUACAUACCCACAAUGGCUUUUAUCACCUACAUUUUACUGGCUGGAAUGGCUUUAGGAAUCCAGAAACGGUUCAGUCCAGAGGUUCUGGGUUUGUGUGCAAGCACAGCUCUGGUUUGGAUCAUCAUUGAAGUUCUGGUCAUGUUACUCAGCCUUUACCUGCUCACAGUUCACACAGACCUCUCAACGUUUGACCUUGUUGCUUACAGUGGAUACAAAUAUGUGGGGAUGAUUUUCACGGUGUUGUGCGGACUGCUCUUUGGCAGUGAUGGUUACUUCGUUGCUCUUGCUUGGUCUUCUUGUGCCCUCAUGUUUUUUAUUGUUCGUUCUCUAAAAAUGAAGAUCCUGUCUUCAUUCUCAGCAGACUCCAUGGGUGCAGGAGCGAGUGCAAAGCCUCACUUUCGCUUGUACAUAACCGUGGCAUGUGCUGCCUUUCAGCCAAUCAUCAUUUACUGGCUCACUGCUCAUCUGGUCAGAUGACCUACAGUAUUUAUAUUAUAAAGGGACUUUAAAAUGACAAUGCUGGACUGGGAUGGUUUAAUUUUUUGGCAUUGUUACAGAAAAGUGGCUUACCAUGGUUGUGUUUUUUCACAGAGGAUUCAUGUGGUCUGAUCUUCAAUAUUGGCUUUGUCAGCAUUGUCAUCUGCAGAUCAGUUGAAACUAUAAUUUAAUAUUUUUACAGGAUUGCAUUUUUCUGCCAUGUUUUCACAUGAAGAUAAUGAAAUGUGAAAAAUAACAGUUUGACUGCUCUUGUGUCUUCGCCAUGCUGAUUUGGUGUCACAAAAUCCAGAUUUCAUUUUAAGAGGCAUGCUGAUUUAUCUGCCCUGUGCUGUGAUUCUCAUGUGAUGUGCAAUUGGUGAACACAUGGUCAACUCAAGUGUCCUUCUUUUUCUGGUUUUCUGUGCAUGAACAGCAGUGUUUUCUUCUUUAUAGCAAAAUAAAUCCCGUGAUUUAGACUUUUAA